AUGGGCAUUGAAAUGUGUAAAAUUGUGGGAGUGAAAGGAGAGCUCCCUGGAAGGGCCCGGGGGGCCUGGGACAUCAGCACGGUGACGGGGGUCCCAGAGGAGCACAUCAAAACCCGGAAGGUUCACAUCUUUGUGCCCGCCAAGACCUCCAUGCAGUCCGGGGUCAACAGCACCAAGAAGUGGAAGAUGGACUUCGACACCAGAGAGCGCUGGGAGAACCCGCUGAUGGGCUGGGCUUCAACGGCUGAUCCUCUGUCCAACAUGGUGCUCUCAUUCUCCUCCAAGGAAGACGCAGUGGCUUUUGCAGAGAAAAAUGGUUGGAGCUACGACAUCACAGACAAGCGGAGCGCCAAGCCCCGGGUCAAGUCCUACGGGGCCAACUUCUCCUGGGACAAGAGGAGCCGGAGGUCCACCAAGUAAACCCGAGCCCCCCCCCACCUGUGGGCCCGCGUGCGUCCCGCAGCAGACCUGUAUCAUUCUUGUCAAUAAAUGCAUAAUUAUAAAUACAAAAAUCCAAACAUUUGGGUCAUUAUCGCUUUCCCUCUUCAAACACUCACCUCAUUACCGACUACCUAAUGCGGCCCUGUGGAUUAAUGAGGUGUUUGCGCUCCGGGUCGAGUUGUGCAACGGCAAAACAAUGGGGAUCAUGUUAUUCCAAAUACAACCUGUUUAAACUCAGAGGUAAAUAUAUCUGCUGGCCCGUGAGAGUGUUUUGGACCUCUUGGCCUGAUUGUUUCAGCAUUUGGAGAGUGGAAUUUAAAUAGGAGCUUUGAACGCUCCCGUACAUCUGCGCCGUGAGGGCACCCCAUCAUUAAUGCGCACCAUCUUAAAGUUCCGACCGUUUUUUUUAGCGAGCCCGGCACCAUUAACCUUCCUUUUUUUUUUUCUGUUGCGCUUUUCAUGAGUAGGUUUAAGCGGAACAAUGAGCCACAUAAAACCGGAGCUGCAUCUCAUUACCAUCAGAUCCGUCUGCAACGACUGAGCAGAAUAUUCCGGAAUUGUCUGUUCAUUGUCUGAUCUUUCAGAUGUCAGAAAAUGAGAGGAAGAGGAGGAAGACGAGGGGGGGGGGGUGGCUGUCCUCAAGCCCAGUGUGACAUCCACAGGUCACAACCCCAAAUCAUUGAGUUUACAACAGGCGUGACAAAGACAAAAAAAAGUGGAACUACAGAGUGAGUAAGAGGCUUAAAACCUUAAAAGAAAAAAA